GUUGACUACAAGAAGCAUUUUAUCGGUUGACGUUGUCCAGGCGAAGAGCGAGCGAGAGCGUCUUAUAGAACACGGAAAGCAUAAGGAUAAAAGUUAAGUCAUUCCUUUUCUAACAAAUUAAAGAGUUCAUAAAAAUUGCGAUAAAUUCUUACGAUAAUGACGUUAAAGAUCAAGUUGAUGCUGGAAUAGUUGGUAAUGCAACUUUUGAAGCUAACGAUCAGUUAGAACACUUAAGCACUAUGCGCGAAGCUCUUUUUUCCCAAGAUGGCUGGGGCUGUCAGCAUGUCAACCAGGAUACCAAUUGGGAAGUACCCAGUUCGCCAGAGCCGACCAAUAAAGAUGCUGCCGGACCGACAAUGUGGAAGCCAAGCAUUAACAAUGGUACUGAUCUUUGGGAGUCCAAUUUGAGAAACGGUGGUCAGCCGACAGCCCAGCAAGUUCCAAAGCCGUCUUGGGGUCAUACCCCUUCCUCUAACCUUGGCGGAACUUGGGGAGAGGACGAUGAUGGGGCAGACAGCAGUAGUGUGUGGACAGGAGGGUCGGUAAACAACGUGGGAUCUGGAGCGGCAGUAGGAGUAAAUCAAGGCGGAGUUAAUGUUGGACCAGGAGGUGUUGUUUCAUCGAGCGGACCUCAAUGGGUACAGGGUGUUGUUAGCGUUGGACUUGGAUCAACUGGUAGCGGAGCAAACAAUUUAACUGGGACUACUGGAGUCGUCGCAGGUGGUAGCGGAAACUCCAACAAUACUGGCAACGGAUGGGGAGACCAUCGCGAAAUUCGUCCUUUGGCUGGAUCGAUGGAUAUUCGGAAUGUUGAUCAUCGUGGCGGUAAUGGUUCUGGGGGAACUUCUAGUGACCCCCGCGACAUACGAAUGAUUGAUCCGCGUGAUCCCAUUCGAGGAGAUCCCCGUGGGAUAUCCGGUCGUCUUAAUGGAACAUCAGAAAUGUGGGGUCAUCAUCCGCAAAUGUCGCAUAACCAGAUACAAAAUAUCAACAAAAUGGUUAGCCAAAGUGUUGCAACUCCGAGUACGAAUGUUCAAGGAACAUCAGGCCCGGGCAUCGGUCCCGGAGGUCCUGGUCCUGGACCUGUGCCGGGCAAUAUUCCGACACAGUGGGGGCCGGCGCAAGCUGUGGGCGUUGGCGUGAGUGGCCCUAAGGACAUAUCAAAGCAGAUAAGUGGAUGGGAGGAACCAUCGCCACCGCCUCAGCGCCGCAGUAUUCCUAAUUACGACGAUGGUACUUCUUUGUGGGGCCAGCAAACUCGUGUUCCGGGUGCUAGCGGUCACUGGAAGGAUAUGACCGAUCCAAUUGGUCGUGGUGGUCAUCUGAUGCGUGGUCAAAACCAGUCGGGUGGUAUCGGUAUCGCCGGCGUUGGCAAUAGCAAUGUUCCAGUGGGGCCCAAUUCCAAUAAUCCUAUGAAUAGUUUAGUUGGACAGCAGGCUCGCCUACCAUCUGUGGGAGGGGUACAACACAAGCCAGACGGAGGCGCUAUGUGGGUACACUCAAACAAUGUUAGCGGAAGGAAUACUGUAUCUGCUGUCACGUCUUGGGGAGAUGACACUCACAACGUUGCCGCCCCAAGCGGUGCAACUGUGUCCAGUAGUAACUGGGUGGAUGAUAAAUCCAACGCGACACUGGCACAAAACUCUUGGAGCGAUGCAGCUCCAGUUGGAGUUAGUUGGGGAAAUAAGCAAAGCAAACUGCCACCCACUAGUGCCUCAUCUGGUUGGAGCACUGCUGGAGGUGUAGGUGUGGUGGAUAGCGUUGAUCUGGGAUCCGAAUGGAACACACACGGUGGGAUCAUUGGAAAAUCUCAACAACAGCAAAAGCUAGCGGGAAUCAAUGUUGGGAUGGUGAAUGUUAUUAACGCAGAGAUGAUCAAGCAGAGCAAGCAAUUCCGGAUUCUUGUGGAGAACGGAUUCAAAAAGGAAGACGUGGAGCGGGCAUUAGUUGCUGCCAAUAUGAACAUCGAAGAAGCAGCCGAUAUGUUGCGUGCUAACUCAUCUUUGGCAAUGGAUGGCUGGCGCCGACAUGAUGAAAACCUUGGCUCUUAUUCUGAUCACACGAGUUCAACUAGUAGCGGAGGAUUUUCUGGUCGUUACCCAGUCAGCAGUGGACAACCUUCAAUGUCUUUUCCUCAUAAUAACAUUAUUAAUAACAUGGGUGGUACUGCUGUUACUGGAGGUGGAAAUAAUAAUGCCAACAUGACAGCCUUGCAAGUUCAAAAGUAUUUGAGUCAGGGCCAACAUAGCGUCGCUGUAGGACCUCAAACCGUUGGUAAUAAUUCCGCCGUAUCCGUCGGAUUUGGCCAGAGCACAUCUAACGCAGCAGUGGCAGCAGCAGCUUCUGUAAACAUAGCAGCAAAUACAAACAAUCAACCAUCGGGCCAGCAAAUUCGAAUGCUUGGUCAGCAGAUUCAGUUGGCCAUUCACAGUGGUUUCAUAUCUAGUCAGAUAUUGACUCAACCGCUAACACAAACUACCCUUAAUCUGCUAAAUCAACUUCUUAGCAAUAUAAAGCAUCUCCAAGCAGCGCAGCAAUCCCUCGCUCGCGGGGGAAAUGCGAAUCCAAUGGCAGUAAACGUGGCGAUAUCUAAAUACAAGCAGCAAAUUCAGAAUUUACAGAACCAAAUAAAUGCACAACAGGCUGUGUAUGUUAAACAGCAAAACAUGCAACCAACUUCGCAACAGCAGCAACAACAACAGCCACAACAACAGCAACAUCCCUCUGUACACUCAGGCAAUGACUAUUUAAGAAGUCACGAUGCAAUAAAUACCUUGCCUAGCAACUUUUCUGAGCUCAAUAUUAAUAAGCCAAGUGGUGGAUAUCAAGGAGCGUCCAAUCAACAAUCCCGAUUAAAUCAGUGGAAGCUUCCAGUAUUAGACAAGGACAUCAACUCUGACAGUACGGAAUUUUCCCGUGCCCCAGGGGCAACUAAACAAAAUUUACCGAACAACUCAAGCAACAUAAGCUCUUUGGGCCUACAAAAUGAUGGUACGUGGUCAACUGGACGCAAUAUUGGGGACGGUUGGCCAGAGCCCUCAUCUGAUAACGAGAAUAAAGACUGGUCAGUUGCUCAGCCAACUUCAGCAGCAACUGCUUACACCGACCUGGUCCAAGAGUUCGAGCCAGGAAAACCAUGGAAGGGUUCUCAGAUCAAAAGCAUAGAAGACGAUCCCAGCAUCACUCCUGGAAGCGUUGCAAGAUCUCCACUAUCCAUUAAUUCAACGCCAAAAGAUGCUGACAUAUUUGCCAAUACCGGCAAAAAUUCUCCGACUGAUUUGCCGCCCCUAAGUUUAUCGUCGUCCACAUGGAGUUUUAAUCCAAACCAAAAUUUCCCAGGCUGGUCUGAUAAUAGCCAGCAAUGUGCCGCAACUUCUGAGCUUUGGACAAGCCCUCUAAAUAAAUCAUCGUCUCGAGGACCCCCCCGAUUGACUGCCAAUUCAAAUAAAUCUGGUAACGGAGGAAAUUGUAGUACCUCAACAUCAUCUACCAUCAGCGGAGGUGCUAAUGGUUGGCUGCAGGCUCGAAGUGGUGGUCAAACUCCAAAUUCAACUUGGACAGGUGGUAAUACUUCAUGGGGCUCUAGUUGGUUGCUUCUUAAAAAUCUAACAGCUCAGAUUGACGGUCCAACUUUACGUACACUGUGUAUGCAGCAUGGUCCCCUCGUUAGCUUUCACCUAUAUUUGAACCAAGGAAUUGCCUUAUGUAAAUAUACAACUCGAGAGGAGGCGAACAAAGCGCAAAUGGCGUUAAACAACUGUGUUCUCUCCAACACCACAAUAUUUGCUGAAUCUCCGAGCGAGAAUGAGGUGCAGAACAUAAUGCAGCACUUACCACAAACAAAUUCAUCUGCAAGCUCUAGUGGAAGUAGUGCUGGCAACGGCGGAGGCGUUGGCACUCCAUCCAAUAGUGGCGCUAGCAGCUCAGGGGCUAGUUUGUCUGGAAACAGUAGCAACGGCAACGGUAACGGAAAUGGCGGCAGCAGCGGCAAUAAUGGCAAUAGCAGUGGCAGUGGCAACGGCAGUGGAGGCGGUGGCAGUAACCCGAUUCCAAAUGUCGCAAAUUCGAAUCUACUUGGAUCUAGUGGAGGAUCUGUCUCUAAUCCUUCUGGUGGUGCUGCAAGCUCUGGAACAGGUUCUGUAGGAAGUGUUACAGCGAGUAGCAAUUCCAUAAAUGGUGGGCCAGGAUCUGCAAACAAUGCUGGCUCAAAGAGUAGUUCAAAUGUAACUGUAACCGGUGUUCAGUCUAGCGCUUCUAGCCUAACUAAUAGCACCAACUCAACAUGGCGACAAACUGGCCAAAACCAAGCUCUUCAGGGUCAAAACAGGCCAUCAGGCAGAGAAGCUGACUUUGAUUAUAUAUCUCUCGUUUAUUCCAUUGUUGAUGAUUAAGAGAUCAAUGACCAGUUCCGUUGGUCAUUGACCAUUGACUAUCGCAUUCUGUGACUCAAGACACACACCCAAAAGCUUCAAAUGAUUCGAUACUAAGUAUGUAUGGAAAGCAAGACCAUGUUGUGAAGAAUAUAAAAGUGGAUCGACUGAUAGACGAAUGGACUUAGAAUUUUGUAUGCCCGUAGAUUUAUUUUUCUUCAUCGUUCAUAGAUCUAAAGAUGUAUAUGUAAGUUAAAAUUUAAUCAAUAUAAAACAAAAACAAACCCGACAUAUAGAUAUACAUAUAUAUAAUGUCAAAAAAAAAUGAUACACUUGAUGGUUUGCUGUAGCAAAAAGGCAUACCUUCCUAUUUAAGUAAAAGUGUUUUGACUUUGGCGCCCAUAGAUUAUACCUUGGGAAACGGGAAAAUAUUCUCAACAGUGUAUAUGUGUGCAUGCAAACUCAUAUAAGGUAAAAUAUACAAUAAAAAAAUAUGUAUGUAUGCAACAUACAUCAAAUUUUCAGUAACGACUGAAAUCGAGUGUCGGUAGCAUUAAGGGACAAAGUCUAAUGUAAUUAUCUAAUUAGAAGCCUUUGAUUUCCAAGAUUGACAUAGAGAGAACAUAUACAAGAUCCAUGUAUAUGAAUAUCUUUUGUGUACAUACAUAUAUGUUGGGGCUACGUCCUAUUUUGCUGCUUGUGCAUAUCGAUCAAAUACCUACUAUUCAUGAGUGUUUUUGUGUUUCCAUUAAGGAAAAAUACCUGUGUUAUAUUCAUUAUAGGAAGUUAUAAUCUUAUUACGGUUUUGCUUUCAUUAAAGCAUUCCCACCGAAAAAAUUCGGUUAUACAUUAUAAAAUCACAAUAAAAAUAUCAAUGAAGUUA